AUUUGAUUUCUUUGAAUGUUCUAAAUUGAUGCUUUCACUAACUGUAGAUUGGACCUAUUUGUAGUUGUACUAUGCCUUCUCUAGCUUUGCCACCAAUUCAGCCUAUCCUAAGUGCACAUGAAAAUCCCUAUUUAUUCUCAAUAUAAAAUGCAACUCCACUCUUGUCCUUAGUCUCCAAUUUGCUUAUUUGAAGCUUGGAGGGAUUUUUCUGUAUUGGGUUCAAUCCUUAACCCACCAAGAAACUUGAGAAAAUGAGAGUAGCCAGGCAGACUCCUGCAGGUGUUGCAAAAAUGGAGUGCAAUUCCAGUGAGUUAAGAAGAGGGCCCUGGACUCUUGAAGAAGACACUCUUCUUACUCGUUACAUCUCUCACCACGGCGAAGGCCGCUGGAACAUGCUUGCUAAAUGUGCAGGACUGAAGAGAACUGGAAAAAGCUGCAGAUUGAGAUGGCUGAACUACUUGAAACCUGACAUUAAACGAGGGAACCUGACUCCACAGGAGCAACUGUUGAUCCUGGAACUCCAUUCCAAGUGGGGAAACAGAUGGUCAAAAAUUGCACAAUGUCUUCCUGGAAGAACUGACAAUGAAAUAAAAAACUACUGGAGAACAAGGGUUCAGAAGCAAGCUCGCCAGCUUAAUAUUGAGUCUAAUAGCAAGAGAUUUCUUGAAGCUGUGAAAGCUUUUUGGAUGCCAACGUUGCUGCAGAAGAUGGAUCAGAACUCUUCUCUUUCUUCUUCUUCUGGUGCUUUAACAAACUCCUCUCAAUCAUGCCGCAACUCUACACUGCCAAUCACAACACUCAUGUACAACACAAAUAAUCACUUCAGAGAAAGCUCAAGCUCAGUUUCAGUCACCAGCCCACUUGAUUUUACAAAAAUCUCCCUGCAGCAGCAGCCUCAUGAAAUUACUCAACUCCCAACAGUCACAAGUGUGUAUGAUGUUAACACUCUCUGCAGCAACCAAAUUCCAAGUGAGACUUACUAUGUAGACUGUUGUGGGCAUGACAUGGAGGGCUUCAAUCCAGGUGCCAUGAUAGGCAUGGGCAGAGGCAGUUUUGACAUUUCCUCCUUGUCCGAAUGCCAGGUGGCUAACGGUGAUUGGACAUCAGAUGACAUGGCAGAUGCCUUGUGGAACAUGGACGACAUAUGGCAGCUUAGGGAGUAAGUAAAGAUGGGCAUAUCACUUCGUUCGGAGGUGCCAUUUUUAUUAUUGGAUGGUCCACCAACACAUUGAAUUCAAUAGUUAUCUGAAAACUCAAAGCAUUAUAGACUAUGUAGUUAAUAAAGUUAUUUUCAAUUUUUCUUUUCCAAUAUUUACAAGUUUCUAGGGGCUGGUUUUAGCUUUGGCUGUGAGUGUUUAUUUUUAUAACCAAUUAAAUGUAAUUGCAGUGUUAAGCAUAUUUAUCAAUCUAUCAUUUACAAAUGGAAAUGAAAUGAAUUCAAUUGCUUCUAAA